AUGGGCGGGGGGGAGCCCAGAUUGGGGCCUUGCUGCUUUGCUCCCUGCCUCACUGUGCUCCCCUGCCUCCGGGCAUGGGCCUCUUCUUCUUUAGAAGGCUUCUCCGACAGCGAGGAGGUCUUCCCCAAGGAGAUGACCAAAUGGAACUCCAAUGACUUCAUCGAUGCUUUUGCCUCCCCGGCUGUAACUGUGGGGACCACAGACUCCAGGACUGAGGUGGUGAAAGGCGAAGCAGACACGCCAGGAGCAUCCAGGGACCCUGAGGGGCUCGGCGUCGGGGACCUGGGGUCCGAAGCCUGCGCCGUGCACGCCCUGUUCCUCAUUCUGCACAGCGGGAACAUUCUGGAUUCUGGACCCGGAGAUAUAGACUCCAAGCAGGCUGACGUGCAGACCCUGAGUGCGGCCUUCGAUGCCAUCACCCGUGUCCACUUCCCCGAGGCCCUGGGCCACGUGGCACUGCGCCUGGUGCCCUGCCCGCCCAUCUGUGCCGCAGCUUAUGCCCUCGUCUCCAACCUAAGUCCCUACAGCCACGACGGGGACAGCCUGUCCCGCUCGCAGGACCACAUCCCACUGGCAGCCCUGCCCCUGCUGGCCACUUCGUCCUCUCGCUACCAAGGGGCCGUGGCCACCGUCAUCAGCCGCACCAACCAGGCCUACGCCGCCUUCCUGCGCUCGCCCGAGGGCACCGGCUUCUGCGGGCAGGUGGUGCUGAUUGGCGAUGGCGUGGGGGGCAUCCUGGGCUUUGACGCCCUGUGCUACAGCGGCAAUACCAGCUCGGGGAGCCUGGGCAGCAGCCGCCGGGGCAGCGUGAACAACGAGUUGUUGUCUCCAGAGCAAGGCCCGGGACGGGAUCCUCUAGCCGACGGUGUGGAGGGUCUGGGCCGAGCCAGCCCGGAGCCCGGGUCCCUUUCUGCCCAGCGGCUGCCCAGUGAUGGCACGGCCCCCGAGCCUGACUCGGUGGCGCCUCACUGCAGCCUGCAGGCUGGCACGUCCCCAGCAGAACCCCGGCGGGGGAGCACCGUCUCCUGCCCAGCCCCAGAGGCCACGGACGGCCCCGCCCGCCUUGACUUCAGGGUGUCUGGCUUCUUCCUCUUUGGCUCUCCCUUGGGCCUGGUGCUAGCCCUCCGCAAGACCGUGAUGCCCGCCCUGGAGGUGGCCCAGAUGCGCCCGGCCUGUGAGCAGAUCUACAACCUCUUUCACGCUGCCGAUCCCUGUGCCUCCCGCCUGGAGCCCCUGCUGGCCCCCAGGUUCCAGGCCGUCGCCCCCCUCACCGUGCCCCGCUACCAGAAGUUCCCCCUGGGAGACGGCACCUCCCUGUUGCUAGCCGACACCUUACAGACCCACUCGGGCCUCUUCAUGGAGGAGAUGGAGAUGAUGGUGCCGUCCACCCCCACCUCGGCCAGCAGCGGCUUCUGGAAGGGCAACGAGCUGGGCUCUGAGGCUGCGGGCUCUGCCCCGGGCCCCGCUGCGGCCUCAGCCAACACGGUCAACAUGGCCGGCGAGGUGGUCAAAAUCCUGGACCGCUGGUGGGGCACCAAGCGGAUGGACUAUUCCCUCUACUGCCCCGAGGCGCUCACGGCCUUCCCUACGGUGACGCUGCCCCACCUCUUCCAUGCCAGCUACUGGGAGUCUGCCGACGUCGUGGCCUUCAUCUUGCGCCAGGUUAUUGAGAAGGAGAGGCCCCAGCUGGCUGAGUGCGAGGAGCCGUCCAUCUACAGCCCGGCCUUCCCUCGGGAGAAGUGGCAGCGCAAGAGGACCCACGUGAAGAUUCGGAACGUGACCUCCAACCACCGGGCCAGCGACGUCAUCAUGUGUGAGGGCCGGCCGCAGGUGCUGAGCGGGCGCUUCAUGUACGGGCCCCUGGACGUGGUGACGCUGACGGGAGAGAAGGUGGACGUCUACAUCAUGACCCAGCCGCUCUCUGGCAAAUGGAUUCACUUUGGCACUGAAGUGACCAACAGCUCCGGCCGCCUCACCUUCCCCGUCCCCCCAGAGCGGUCGCUGGGCAUCGGCGUCUACCCGGUCCGGAUGGUGGUGAGGGGGGACCACACGCACGCCGAGUGCUGCCUGACCGUGGUGGCGCGGGGCACAGAGGCCGUGGUGUUCAGCAUCGACGGAUCCUUCACCGCCAGCGUCUCCAUCAUGGGCAGCGACCCCAAAGUGAGGGCCGGCGCCGUGGACGUCGUCAGACACUGGCAGGACUCGGGCUACCUGAUCGUGUACGUGACCGGCCGGCCCGACAUGCAGAAGCACCGGGUGGUGGCGUGGCUCUCCCAGCACAACUUCCCGCACGGGGUGGUCUCCUUCUGUGACGGACUCACCCACGACCCCCUGCGGCAGAAGGCCAUGUUCCUACAGAGCCUGGUGCAGGAGGUGGAUCUGAACAUCGUGGCGGGCUACGGCUCCCCCAAGGACGUGGCCGUGUACGCGGCUCUGGGGCUCCCCCCCAGCCAGACCUUCAUCGUGGGCCGGGCCGUGCGCAAGCUUCAAGCCCAGUGCCAGUUCCUGUCUGAAGGCUACGUGGCCCACCUGGCCCAGCUGGAGGCAGGCACCCACCCCCACGGCUCCCAGACCCCCUCGAGGACGGCGAUGGCCAAGAGCAGUUUCGUGGCUGCUCCUGUGGACUUUCUCCGCAAACAGAGCCAACUGCUCCGCUCCCGCGGGCCCAGCCAGGCCGAUCGAGAGGGGCCGGGGACGCCCCCCACCGCCCUGGCUCGGGCCAAGGCCCGGAGCGUCAGCCUGAAGCUGGACAGUGAGGAGUGACUGGCCCAAGGCCCCUGGGACCGCUGCCAAGGAACUGCUUAUUUAUUGCCCCCCUCCCAGGAGGGAGAGGGGGCGGCUCCCGUGCCCACCUCCCUCCAAGGCUCUGCCCUCCUGCUGCUCCCCAGCUUCUGUUCCCUCUGACUGUGUCCCCCUAUUCCCUGUCAAUGUGUUACGAAUCCCUUUAAUGUGAGGGGCCAGGGCCCUGGGGAGUGGGGAGAGGGCAGAGGGGGGAUGGGCAGGGGCCCCCGAGGCUUCCGUGAUGUGUGAAACUGUGAAAAUUAAACCCCCACCCCAUG